AUGGGAGGCAGUGACAGUGAAUGUGAGAGUCUGGAAUCAGAGAGCCUUUCGGAGGUCGAGUUUGCAAGCCCCUCUUCAAGCCCAAGAACUACUACCAUGGCCGGACCAGCAAAGACGAGGCGGGAGCAGUUGAAGGACCAAAUGGAGGACGCUAGGCUCGUGUACUUGAACACCCUUGAAGCUCCCCGAAGUGCCGUGAGCCAGCUUCGCUCCAAGAAACAGGAGUACCUGCAACUUUUGGAACAAGAGCGCCCAGAUCUGGAGAACGAGAUCGGGCGCGUGAAGGAUCUAAAAGAAGAGACCUGGCCUGCAGGAGAGUCAAGUCCUGAUGCGGCCAAUGAGACACAGCCCGAGGAAUCGAAAGAGACAGUCGACGAAGAUGACACGUACGAAGCGGAGGAAGGGCUGGAUGAGGAAGAGAAUGAAGUGGAGGAGUGGAAUGAGGACGAGAGUGAGGAGGAAGAGGAGGAGAAUGUGCCGCCGCCACAGGACAUGUCUAUAAUGGUCAAUCUCAUCAGCAAGAAGGGCCGCAACGGACGCCCGGGGAAAACAAAGACCGUGCGGGUGAACGAGGGUGAUACCAUGAGGGCGCUCAAGGAGCAGAUCAGGAUGACUUAUGGCGUCCCACUGUGGCGUCCCAAUCCAUAA